AUGCAGUCCUUUUGGGCCAACGCGAAGGACGUGGCCCGCACGGUGUCUGGUCAGCUCGACCAGACAUUUGAGGCAGCGCUUACAGGCAGCAGCAGCAGCAGCAGCAGCAGCAGCAGCAGCAGCAGCAGCAGCAGCAGGAGCCAUGACAGCAACGGCAGCAGAAACAAAACGUUGGGGAGAAGCAGCAGCAACGUGGGGCCUGAUACCAGCAGCAGCAACGGCGACAGCAGCAGCAACAGCAACAGCAGCAGCAGCAGCAACAACAACAACAGCAGCAGCAACUGGAUUGCUGCCGAUGUGCUGCUGCAGCACGGACAGUCUUCUGCUGCUGCUGCUCUUGAGGGUAUAAACCGCCUAUGGGGUCGAGCAGCAGCAGCAGCAGCAGCAGCACCUGCUGCUCUGUCUCCUCUCUCAGCUGCAGCAGCGCAGCACAACCCUCUCGCUGCAGCUCCGUGGAAGCAGCAGCAGCAGCAGCAGCAGCAGCAGCAGCAACAGCAGCAGCAGCAGCAGCAGCAGCAGCACGAUGAAGACCAAUAUGAUGAAGACGCAGAAGACGAUGAACAGCAGCAGCAACAGCAGCAGCAGCAGCAGCAGCAGCAGCAGCAGCAGCACGAUGAAGACCAAUAUGAUGAAGACGCAGAAGACGAUGAGCUCUCUCUCCAGUCUUUCUUAGAAGCACAAAAGCAGCGGCAGCAGAUGCUGCAGCAGCUGCAGCAGCAGCUGCAGCAGGAAGAACAACAGCUGCCGCAGCAGCAGCAGCAGCAAAAAUACCUCAGGCAGUCAACUGCUGCUUCAUCAGCAACGCCCGCAGCAGCAGCAGCAGCAGCAGCAAAUGCAGCAGCAGCAGCAGAAGAAGCACGCAUAGGGCAUGCAGCCACUCCACCGUCGUUGCUGCAGCAGCAGCAGCAGCAGCAGCAACAGCAGCAGCAGCAGCAGCAGCGGAGGAAGCAGUCUUGGGAUCCUCUCGGUGCUUCUGUUGUGAAGCAGCAACAGAGCAGCAGCACGAAAACCCCAAAAGACGCAGCAGCAGCAGCAGCAGCAGGAGCAACAGCAGCAGCAGCAGCAGCAGCAGCAGAAGCAGCAGCAGCAGCAGCAGCAGCAACAGCAGCAGCACCAACAGCAGCAGCAGUAGCAGCAAAUGCACCAGCAGCAGCAGAAGAAACACGCAUAGGGCAUGCCGCUACUCCACCGUCGUUGCUGCAGCAGCAGCAGCAGCAGCAACAGCAGCAGCAGCAACAGCAGCAGCAGCAGCAGCAGCAGCGGAGGAAGCAGUCUUGGGAUCCUCUCGGUGCUUCUGUUAUGAAGCAGCAACAGAGCAGCAGCACGAAAACCCCAAAAGACGCAGCAGCAGCAGCAGCAGCAGGAGCAACAGCAGCAGCAGCAGCAGCAGCAGAAGCAACAGCAGCAGCAGCAGCAGCAAGUGAGCGUGCUGGCAGAAGGGGGAGCCAGGGAGUAACCCCUGCAGCAUAUGAUGCCGCAGCAGCAGCAGCAGCAGAAGCAACAGCAGCAGAAGCUGCUGCAACAAAAGCAGCAGCAGCAGAAGUUGCAGCAGCAGCAGAAGCAGCAGCAGCAACAGCAGCAGAAGCUGAUGCAGAGGCUUCCUCCCCAGCAGCUUCCUCCUCUCCAGCAGCAACUGCAGCAGCAGCACCAGCGCAUCUGCAGGUACUAGAUGCAGCAGCAGCAACAGCAGCAGCAGCAGCAGCAGCAGCAGCAGCAGCCUCCCCUGGUUCUUCACCAGCUAGUAGAAGCAGCAGCAGCAGCAGCAGCAGCAGCAGGGAGGAGCAGCAAGCUGCUUUUGCUCAGUGCGGCAACGCCGACUGCGGCAGCGGCACCUGCAGCAGCAGCAGCAGCGAUCUGCAGGUACUAGAUGCAGCAGCAGCAACAGCAGCAGCAGCAGCAGCAGCAGCAGCCUCCCCUGGUUCUUCACCAGCUAGUAGAAGCAGCAGCAGCAGCAGCAGCAGCAGCGGCAGGGAGGAGCAGCAAGCUGCUUUUGCUCGUGAAGUUGGGUCUUUGCUGGCAGCAGAUGCAGCAGCUGCUGCAGUUGCUGCAGCAGCAGAACUACCAGCGACAGAAGCAGCAGCAACAGCAGCAGCAGCAGCAGCUGCUGCUGCUGUUGAGAGUGCGGCAACGCCGACUGCGGCAGCGGCACCUGCAGCAGCAGCAGCAGCAGCAGCAGCAGCAGAAGCAGCAGCAGAAGUAGCAGCAGAAGCAGCAGCAGAAGCAACAGGCGCAGCAGCAGAAGCAGUAGAAGUAACAGCCGCAGCAGCAGAGGCAGCAACAGCAGCAACACCAGCCGUAAGAGCAGCAGCAGCAGCCGAAGCAGCAGCAGCAGCAGCAACGAUGACAGCAGAAGCAGAUGCAGCGGUAGAAGUAACAGCCACAGCAGCAGAGGCAGCAACAGCAGCAACACCAGCAGUAAGAGCAGCAGCAGCAGCCGAAGCAGCAGCAGCAGCAGCAACGAUGACAGCAGAAGCAGAUGCAGCAGCAACACUGUCUGAGG